GUUAAGGAAAGUAGAACGUCAUUUUUCUAAGGGCGAUAACAUAAAGAACGCCGAAACUUAAGCGGCUGAAGAUCGACGCCGACAGGCGCCAGUCGGUGUCUGCUUGACUCCACAUAGAGGGCGCCUAUUGCCGCUCCUUUUAAGCUCGCGCUGCAUAUUUUAGAUCCACUGUUGUCUAGUCUGCCUACAUCUACCGUCUAGACAUCUAGUUCUAGGUCUUGAGUGAUUGCAAAUUUACAAGAAUGGACUCGUCAUCCGACGAUGAAUUUUUUCUUCUGGAUAGUCUGUUCCCUAAAUUAAGGACAGCACGUCAUGGUAGAUCUACAAAUGUACAUGACAUCAAUAAGGAAAGGCCACAUCUGGGAGAAUAUCACCAUCUUUUCAAACAAUUAAAAUCAUACCCAGAUCGCUUUUACUCCUACACAAGAAUGAGCAUUGAAACUUUUCGCUAUGUGCUCGACAAGAUUGAACAUCGACUGAUCAAGACUUGGUGCAACUGGCAUCGCCCUAUUCUUCCAGAAGAGCGUUUGGUGGUGACAUUGAGGUAUCUGGCUACCGGAUCAUCAUUCCAGGCCCUCGCCUUUAGCUUCAGGAUGGGGGCAUCUACUGUUGCUGCUAUUGUCUCCGAAACUGUUGGCAUUCUUUGGGAUGAACUUCAUACUCAACAUAUGCCAGUCCCAGCUGUUGAAACUUUCAAAACUAUAGCCACAGAUUUCUUUGACAUAUGGAACUUCCCCCACUGCGUAGGGGCAGUUGAUGGGAAGCACAUCCGAGUGAAGUGCCCCGCAAACACAGGAUCGUUUUUUAACUAUAAAAAGUAUUAUUCUGUAGUUCUACAAGCUGCAGUUGAUGCACAAUAUAGAUUCAUUGCAGUCGACGUGGGUGGGUAUGGGAAACAGAGCGACGGGGGAACAUUUCAAGCUUCAGGGCUAUACCAAGCUCUUAUGAACAACACAUUAAAUUUACCCGAACCUGCGCCUCUGCCGCAGUCCAAUGUUGUGGCACCCUAUGUGUUUGUUGCAGAUGAGGCAUAUCCUCUUCUCCCAUUCCUCAUGAAACCAUACAGUGGAGGCAAUCUCCCUUUGGACCAGGAAUGUUUCAAUAACAGAUUGUCAAGGUGCAGGAAGGUGGUGGAGUGUUCUUUUGGGAUACUGAACUCCAAAUGGUGCAUUUUGUCCAAAUGUAUUGACACUGGUGUUAACCUUGCAGACAAGAUCAUCAAGUGUGUUUGCAUCCUUCACAACACCAUUAUAGACAGGGAAGGCAUGGUUCAAAACCUUACUGACGUGUCAUUCCCGAGAUCGGGUGUAGCCUGGGAGCUUGCUGGCAGACCAACUAACAAUGCUAAAGGUGUAAGAGACAUUUACACAACCUAUUUUGCCAACAAUCCCUUAGUGUACAACUAAGGGAGUUGUGGAGAGAGAGAGAGAGAGAGAGAGAGAGAGAGAGAGAGAGAGAGAGAGAGAGAGGAGAGAGAGAGAGAGA